AUGCAUUCUAAGCUGCUCACGGGAGCCUUUCUAGGCCUAGCGCUCUCAGCAUUCGUCCAGGGCACCGACACCGAUGCUCCUGUCGUAACCGAUAACCAGCGCGACUCAUUCUUUCAAGCAUCGCUGUCCCCCAAGGACAACACAACCGUGUUUGGUGGCGUCACAAUCAUACCUGCCUCCGACUCCACGGGACUCCGUGUAGUCACCUUCUUCGGAGGAAUCCCAGAAGGUGAAUACCUUACAUACCAUAUCCACGAGCACCCAGUCCCCGAAGAUGGCAACUGCUACUCAACAGGCGGCCAUCUCGACCCCUAUGGUCGUGGAGACGCAACUCCCUGCGUUAUUACCGCGCCUCAAACUUGCCAAGUUGGCGACCUGAGCGGUAAACACGGGCCGGCUUUUGCUCCUCCGAACGAAGUCUUCCAGGAAUCAUACAUAGAUUAUUUCAUUUCAAACACUCCCGGCCAGCCAGCGUACUUUGGCGACCUUUCCUUGGUGGUUCAUUCGCCGAAUGGAUCGAGACUGGCUUGUGGCAACUUUGAGGAGUUGGCCGGAGGUAAGUGA